UGAAGGAGCCCGGCAACUUCAGAGGCGCCGGUCCCUCAAGCCGCACCUGAGCGCGGCCCUAGCCCUGAGCGGCCACAAUGCUAUAGGGACCGGCAGCGGCCCUGUCCUCUCAGCCAGACCGUUAUCCGCGACGGGGACCACUAGGAACGCCGGACCUGCCAGCAAGAUGCCUCGCUCCUUCCUGGUCAAGAAGCAUUUCAAUGCCUCCAAAAAGCCAAAUUACAGCGAACUGGACACACAUACAGUGAUUAUUUCCCCAUAUCUCUAUAAGAGUUACCCCAUGCCGGUCAUCCCACAACCAGAGAUCCUCAGCUCGGGAGCAUACAACCCCAUUACUGUGUGGACUACAACAGCUCCGUUCCACUCCCCACUGCCGAAUGACCUCUCUUCUCUCUCUGGAUAUCCCUCAGCCUUGGGGCGAGUUAGUCCUCCUCCUCCAUCUGACACCUCAUCCAAGGACCAUAGUGGCUCGGAAAGUCCGAUUAGUGAUGAAGAAGAAAGAAUACAAGCCAAGCUUUCAGACCCCCAUGCCAUUGAAGCUGAAAAGUUUCAGUGCAAUUUAUGCAAUAAGACCUAUUCAACUUUUUCCGGGCUGGCCAAACAUAAGCAGCUGCAUUGUGACGCCCAGUCUAGGAAAUCCUUCAGCUGUAAAUACUGUGACAAGGAAUAUGUGAGCCUGGGUGCCCUUAAGAUGCACAUUCGGACCCACACCUUACCUUGUGUCUGCAAGAUCUGUGGCAAGGCAUUUUCUAGACCCUGGUUACUUCAAGGACAUAUUAGAACUCACACUGGGGAGAAGCCUUUUUCUUGCCCUCACUGCAACAGAGCAUUUGCAGACAGGUCAAAUCUGAGGGCCCAUCUGCAGACCCAUUCUGAUGUAAAGAAAUACCAGUGCAAAAACUGCUCCAAAACCUUCUCUCGAAUGUCUCUUCUGCACAAACACGAAGAAUCAGGCUGCUGCAUAGCACACUGA